AGUAAAUUUCACAAAUAAUUACAAAAAACAAAAACAAACAAACAUUGAAUUAAAUAUGAAAUUUUGAAGUAGAAACGGUAUUUUCCUGUAAAACUUACUCCAAUAUUUUACAAUCAGUCAAUAGGGUGUAAUUUUUUUGGCACUGUGCCUUUUUCAUGACAAUUAAGUCCAGACUCAAGGCAUUUUAUUUAGCGGUCAUUACAAUACUUUAUACUGCAUUAGAUUAAUUCCUGUCAUAAUUUUAAUUAGCAUAAAUUAAACAGUACAACACCAAAACUACCAUGAUAUUUGAGAUUUACACAAUUACAAUGUAAAUAAUUAUAUUGAUUGUUAUGCAUUAAAGUAAUGAUUUUGCAUGUGCAUAUGUCACAAUGCAUAAGUACAUUUAUACACAUUAUCUAUUAAAAAUGUAUUUAAUGUGAUGCAUGGGAAGAAACCACACCUACUAUUCAAAUCAGACUGCGGGAACAUGCUGAAGGCUCUCGACAUCAUUAAAACCCCUUGACUUCUAGUUUUACUAGUUCAGUGUGCAUAGACCCCUCCUUCUCUAGUGAUGCAUGUCAAGACAGACUGAGCUCCAUGAAACCAGCGGAGUGAGAACACCUGUAAACUCAACAACAGCUUCAGCUGCGAAGUCUAAUGCAGCCUACAAUCCCUCAUGUUAAAACCCCAGGACCUGCUAGAGGACAUGUCUGCAAACCUUCCCGAAGAGGACCUCUCCUGUCCCGUGUGCUGUGAGAUCUUCCAGGAUCCGGUGCUUUUGCCGUGCAGUCACAGUUUCUGCAGGAGCUGUCUGGAGCACUUCUGGGAGAGCACAAUCUUUCGUAGCUGCCCUGUCUGCAGAAGAAGAGCCUCCAAGAAAAGCCCCCCUUCAAACCGGGCCCUCAAAAACCUGUGUGAAGCAUUUCUGCUGGGCAGAGGCCAGGGCAGUGCAUCUGGAACGAACAUCCUGUGCUGGAGACAUGGGGAAAAGCUCAAACUCUUCUGUUUGGUGGAUCAGGAGCCUAUCUGCGUGGUGUGCCAAGCCUCAAAAAUGCACAAAGGUCACGACUGCUCUCCCACGGAAGAGGCGGCUCUGGACUGUAAGGAUAAAAUGUAUGCUGCCAUGAAGGUACUGCAGUGUAAGCUGGAGGUAUUCAAUAAAGCAAGACAAUCUUCAGCUAUUACUUUGGAGCACAUUAAGAAUCAGGCCAAUCGGGUUGAGAGGCAAAUAAAGGAUGAGUUUCUCAAGCUCCAUCAGUUUCUUUAUGAGGAGGAAGAGCACAGGUUAUCAGCACUGAAGGAGGAGGAAGAGCUCAGGGUUGCUGCUGUGAAAAACAGAGAUGAUGACGACGCACAGAGGAUUUCAUUUCUUACAGACAUAAUCAGGACAAUGGAGCAAACCAUAAAUGCUGAAGAUUUAACAUUGCUGCAGAACUUCAAAGCUAUCAUUGACAGAACGUGCAGUACAUUGCAGGAUCCAGAAGGCAUGUCUGGAUCUUUGUUGGAUGAAUCUAAGCAUCUUGGGAAUGUAAAGUACAAGGUCUGGGAGAAGAUGAAGGCAGUUGCACCUUACAGUCCAGUAAUUCUGGACCCAAACACAGCCCACCCUUGCUUGACGCUGUCAGAUAACCUGACCAGUCUCCGGUAUAGCACCCCAAACCAAGGUCUCCCCAGUAACCCUGAGCGUUUCCACAUCAGUGCAGAGGUGCUGGGCUGCACUUCCUUUAGCUCCGCAAGCCACAGCUGGGAAAUCCAGGUUGGUGACAAUGAGGACUGGAUUCUGGGCUUGGCCAGUGACAGUGUGAAGCGAGAUCAGGAAAUUCCUGCCAGACCAGAGAAUGGCUUCUGGACCAUCUGCUUACGGGAUGGGCAAUACAGGGCUAUGUCAUCACCCCCAACUGCUCUAAAAGUGGAGGAGAAACUGCAAAGGGUCUCGGUUCAGCUGAACUGUGACAAAGGGGAGGUGAUUUUUUCAAACCCAUCGCGUCAAGAAAUUAUAUACACAUUUAAACAUGUCUUUACAGAAAAGUUAUUGCCGUAUUUCUACACGCAAAGUAAGCAUCCUUUGCAGAUCCUCUCCAAGCCUGUGUUGGUGUCUACGUGAAAGUAUCAUCUAAUAUCUAAUAUAAUACAGAGAACCUCUUAAUAGUACACAACACAUGUAUUAAAUAAAUGCAGAUUUAAACAGG